AUGUCCCAAUCCCCUCCAAAUGCACUCUACGUCCCCUCCACAUCCCAGCUCGUCCUCGAGCUCUUCGUACGAGACCUCCCCACCUCUCUAGCGUUCUACAACUCCCUCGGAUUCACCCUUGUCGCCCAACGCGGAUCGUUCGCCGAGCUCUCAUGGGAAUCCCACCUCCUCUUCCUGGACGCCUCUCACCCAUCUCUCAACCUCCCCCCGCAGACAUACCACCCGCAGGCAAAUGUUCGCGUUAUGGUACCCGAUGUGGACGCAGCCUGGGAGCGAGCGAAGGAGCUAGGAGCGAGGGUGCUGUCACCUAUCGAAGAUCGGUAUUAUGGGUUGAGGGAUUUUACGAUCCUGGACCCGGACGGGUUUGGAGUGAGGUUUGGAACGAGGCUGAGGAGUGAUGUUGGUUAG